GUUCAGAAACACUUCCUCCUCCACCCUUCUUUUUCAAGUCAGAAGUGUUCCCGGCAAGAGCUAAAAAUAGUCUUUGACAUUUUGAAACAAUUGAAAUUUCUAUCACGAGAGUGAAAAGGUAAAUUGUCCGUGUACUGUUCAUGGUUUACUGUGGAACCUAAUUUUUUUGUUUUCAUCACACUUAAAUAUUACAGCCUCGGAUCCAUGAAUCGUAAGGUUCUCCCAUACUGAAGACAGACAGCCCCAAAGUUGAGGAGCUCUGCAUUAUGUGGAGGAGUGACAACUAUUCAACAGUUCCUUGUGAAGAGAAGAAAGAACCUUGAUAUGGACAGCACAAAGGGGUGGAGUGACUCCAUACCAAUGAAAACUCUUGAUGCUGAAGACAGAGCACCUUUGUGCCCUCGGUUAGGUCCUUACUUUGCUGAUGGCCAGCGGCGAGUGGACUAUGUGCUUGCUUACCACGUCCAGAAACCCGGCGACAUUCAUCGAAAAUCACCCAAGUUUGGAGAUGACAACUUCAUUCGCCGGCUUCGACGUAGUUUGAGCAUCAGAAGCAGCCGUGCACCUUUGCAGCCCGAAGAAGACCCGGAGAUUGCUGCCCAAGAUACCAAGCGAUUCAAGCGGGAAGAAUUUGAGGACAACCUCAGAGAGACUGGGUUGGAAUUGGAAACGUCUGCUGAGUGUAAAAUCCCUGGAAUUGCAUUUUUGAAGAUCCAUGCACCAUGGAAUGUCCUGUGUCGAGAGGCUGAGUUCAUGAAGCUCAAAAUGCCAACAAACAAGGUUUAUGAAGUUAAGCAAGGAAGUAAUAUUGUUGAAAAGAUUCGACUGUUCAUUCACAAAGUCACAUCUCCUUUGCACCCAAAAGUGGACGCCAAUAAGCUUGAAAGUGUGAAGCCCCUCUCUCACACUUUUUCCAGAGAGAAGGCACACCUAUUUGAUCUGUCUGACAGAGAAAAUUUCUUUGACAGCAAGACAAGGAGCUCAAUUGUGUAUGAAGUGCUCAAAAGGACGAAAUGUACUCGGGACAUGUACUCAAUGGGAAUCACCAGUCUGCUUGCCAAUGGUGUUUAUACAUCUGCUUAUCCUCCUCAUGAUGGGGAGAUCGAGGGAGUCAAUGCCAAACCCAAUGACAGAAAGACACUAUAUGAGGAAUGGGCCAGCUACAGUGUCUUCUACAAGUACCAGCCCAUUGGACUAAUUCGGAAGUAUUUCGGGGACAAGGUUGGCCUGUACUUUGCCUGGCUGGGAGUCUACACACAGAUGUUAAUCCCUGCUGCCAUUGUUGGAGUAAUUGUAUUCCUCUAUGGCUGUGCCACUGUUGAUGACAAUAUACCAAGUAUGGAGAUUUGUGAUCCGAGGAACAACAUCACAAUGUGCCCACUUUGUGAUCGCGCUUGUAGCUACUGGAAACUUAUGAGAGCAUGUGGUACUGCUCGAGCCAGCCAUCUCUUUGACAACCCAGCAACUGUGUUUUUCUCCAUCUUCAUGGCUCUCUGGGCUGUUCUCUUCAUGGAGCACUGGAAGAGACGACAGAUGCGACUUAACUAUGUCUGGGACCGGACAGGCUUUGGAGAGGAAGAGCAGGAGGAACAUAAGGACCACAACCGAGCCGAGUAUGAGGUCCGUGUCAUGCAAAAGGCAUUGAGGCAGGAAAAUUCAAUUUCUAAGGAUGAGAAAGUGAAGCUGACAUGCACAGACAGACUGCCAGCUUACUUGACUACUAUGACCAUGAUGGCUUUCAUGAUCUCGGUGACAUUUGCCAUUGUCUUUGGGGUUGUUCUCUACCGGAUUACCAUUAAGACAGCUUUACAUGUGAGCAGCUACCCUGCAGCACGGGGAAACGUACGAGCCACCGUCAAAACAACAGCUGCCAUCAUCAACGUCAUCAUCAUCAUCAUCUUAGAUGAAGUCUAUGGCACUGUUGCACGCUGGCUCACUGUACUUGAGGUUCCAAAAACAGAUAAAAGCUUUGAAGAGCGGCUGAUCUUCAAGACGUUUGUUUUGAAGUUUGUCAAUGCCUUCACGCCUAUUGUUUAUUUGGCUUUUUUUAGGGGGAGGCUUGUUGGGCGGCCAGGAAACUACCUGUAUGUUGUAGGAUCAUACAGAAUGGAAGAGUGUGCCCAUGCAGGCUGCCUUAUGGAAUUAUGCAUCCAGUUAUGUAUCACCAUGCUUGGGAAGCAAUUAAUCCAAAACAACCUGUUUGAGAUUGGCAUACCCAAGCUGAAAAAAAUGCUACACAAGAAAAACUCUGAGAUGGACUCAAAGCAACAAGAAGAGCUGAUCAAAACCUUGCCGCAACACGAGAGGGACCAUUUCCUCUGUCCUUUUGUUGGUCUUAACCCAGAAUACAUGGAAAUGAUCAUCCAGUUUGGGAUGGUGACUCUUUUUGUGGCCUCAUUUCCUCUGGCGCCACUCUUUGCUCUUCUGAAUAACGUCAUUGAGAUACGUCUGGAUGCCAAAAAGUUUGUCAUGGAGCUCCGAAGGCCGAUUGCAGGCAGAGCCAAAAACAUUGGUAUCUGGUACAACCUAUUAAGGGGACUCAGCAAGGUGGCUGUGAUAGUAAAUGCCUUUGUGAUCGCCUUCACAUCUGACUUCGUCCCACGGCUUGUGUACCAGCACAUGUACAGUCCUGAUGGCACCAUGCACGGCUUUGUCAAUCACUCUCUCUCUUACUUCAACGUGAGUGACUUUGAGCCUGGCACAGACCCUUACCAGCCAAUGAUCCUCGGCCAUAAAGUAAAACUAUGCAGGUAUAAGGACUACAGAGACCCUCCCUGGUCCAGCACGCCAUAUGAUUUAUCCAAGGAGUUCUGGGCCAUUCUUGCUGUUCGCCUGGCUUUUGUUGUUGUCUUUCAGAAUGUGGUCAUGCUCAUGAGAGACUUUAUAGAUUGGUUGAUCCCAGAAAUACCAAAGGACAUCAGCCUCAAGAUCCACAAAGAAAAGGUCCUGAUGGUGGAGCUAUUCAUGAAAGAAGAGCAUGGAAGGAGGCUUGCUCGACGUGACAGUCACAACCAUAACAGUUGUACUUCCCCGUCUUCCUCAAACCAGAGCCCACAACAACCACGAUCUCGGGCUGUGUUGAACACAAACCGCUCUUAAAGUGACCUGUGAGCUGUAGAUGUCUGGAAGAAUAAGCAAAAGUCGCUCAUACAAAAAAAAAAAAAAAACAGGGUGGCCUUUAACUUUCCAUAAAGAGGAAAAAAAAUGGGGCGUCUGAAACAUAAAGUACAACAUGUUAAAUUGUAUGUAUGGAAACUCAUGGCCGGUCUUGCACUACAAAACUCAUUUUAAGUCAGUGAACAACCUUCUCUGUUUUCAGCCUCUAUAGCUAAAUAAUGUUAUACAAUUCGAUGAAAGGAGCUUUGCGGUUCUGCAUUCUGGGUUUUAAAAAUUCUGCUGUCUAAAUCAAAUCUUGAUCAUAAUCAAAAGUGUUGAUCAUUUUACAUUUUUUUCUAACUUAAUUACAAUGUUAAGACAAAACAUUUCUUAAACACAUUUGCGGUGUAUUACUCUCAUGCAUUUUUUGGGCUUUGUUAAUAUUGAUUAUGUUGUUUGGUAGAUAUAGAUAUACUGUAUGUAGAAAUAGAUAUCAAUUUUUGGGGGGAAGAUUGUAUAUUGAUGUAGUGAAUUGGGUGUAUGGUGAGUAUGUCUGCCUCACAGUUCUGAUCUUCAGGGUUCAAAUUUCAGAUCAGGCCUUAAAUGUGUUGCUUGCAUGUAUUUAUGUUUUUUUUUUUUGCUGGCAUGAAUUGUCUCCGGGUAUUCUUGCCUUAGUGCGUGUGAGUGAUUACUCAUCUUUCCACCCAUCCAUUUUCAACACUCCUGAUCCUGAACAGGGUCGCGGAGGGAUCCUGGAGCUAUCCCAGCUGACUGAAGGCAGACUACACCCUGAACUGGUCGUCAGUCAGUCGCAGGGCAUAUUAUGUUUGCGUUUGUAAUUUGUCACAUAGGCCUAAAACCCACAAUUACUUUAAUUAGCAAUAACCUUUUACCAGUUAUCAUGAUUGUUUUAUCCAAUGAUACAAUUUGCCCUCAGGCACAGCUACAUCAGCCCUUGUCACUGAUUGUAGCGCUUGCCAUGAGACUCCAGACCAGUGCUCUAUUGCAUCAUGUCAUCAUUCAUGAGAAACACAUGGCGCAAUUGGGAAUCAGUCCCACCUCUCAAGCACAUCCGAUUGUCCUCAUCCUUCUGUCCAAUACAACACGAUCAAGAACAUUUUGUACCUCUGAAAUUAUGACUGCCCUGCAUUAAACUUUGUAUUAAUGUUCUUAAA